ACAAACCCUUUUUCUAAAGUAAAGUUUUUUUUUCCCCCCUUUUGGUAGUUUAUGAGUAUAGAGAGAGAGAGAGAGAGAGAAUUUGCCAUGGGUGAAGAAGUAGGGUGUUGCAAGAGAACAGGAACAGGAUAUGGAGCUCCAUUGGAAGCCAUGUCUGGUCCUAAAGAAGCUCUUAUCUAUGUUCCUUGUGUUUAUAAUGGAACUGGAAGAGAGAAGCCAGAUUUCUUGGCAACAGUUGAUGUAGAUCCCAACUCACCAACUUACUCUAAAGUUAUACACAGGCUAUCUUUGCCAUAUAUAGGUGAUGAACUACAUCAUACGGGGUGGAAUGCUUGUAGUUCUUGUCAUGGUGAUCCAUCAUCUGAUCGACGGUUUUUGAUCCUGCCUUCUUUGCUCUCUGGUCGUAUCUAUGUGAUCGACACACAAAAGAACCCCAAGGCUCCCUCGUUGCACAAAGUGGUGGAACCUGAGCACAUCAUUGAGAAAACCGGCUUGGCAUAUCCCCAUACAUCUCACUGCCUUGCCAACGGCGACAUAAUCAUUUCAUUUCUCGGCGACAAAGAUGGAAACGCCCAAGGCAACGGAUUCCUUCUCCUCGAUUCCCAGUUCAACAUCAAAGGGAGGUGGGAAAAACCAGGGCGUAAAGCUGAGUUUAGCUACGAUUUUUGGUACCAACCUCGACAUAAAACGAUGAUCUGCUCAUCGUUUGGUGCUCCUUUGGCAUUCACCCAAGGUUUUAACCUUAAACAUGUCGAAGACGGUUUCUAUGGAAGACAACUGUUUGUGUAUGAUUGGCCUGAUGGCCGGCUCAAACAGACAUUGGAUCUCGGUGACAAUGGUCUUAUCUCCGGAGAGAUAAGAUUCUUGCAUGAUCCAACCAAAGACACAGGGUACGUCGAGUGUGUCCUAUCAAGCAACGUAGUACGGUUUUUCAAGACCCAGGAUGGAUCAUCAUGGAGUCACGAGGUGGCUAUCUCAGUGAAACCAUUGAAGGUACAAAACUGGAUUCUCCCCGAAAUGCCCGGACUCAUAGUCGGCCUUUUAAUCUCUCUCGACGACCGGUUCCUAUAUUUCGUCAACUGGUUCCACGGCGAUGUCCGACAAUACAACAUUGAAGACCCCAAAAACCCAAUCUUGGUCGGCCAAGUAUACGUCGGAGGAUUGCUUCAAAAGGGCAGCCCCAUAACAGCAGUCACAGAAGAUGGUAAAACAUGGCAACCCGAUGUUCCUAAAAUCCAGGGACAUUGUCUCAGAGGGGGACCUUGUAUGACACAGUUAAGCUUAGAUGGGAAACGGCUGUAUGUGACGAACUCGUUGUUUAGCACAUGGGAUCGACAGUUUUACCCUGAUGUUAUAGAGAAAGGUUCACAUAUGAUACAGAUUGAUGUGGACAUUGAGAAUGGUGGUCUGAAAAUAAACCCAGAUUUUUUUGUUGAUUUUGGAGCUGAACCUGAUGGUCCUUGUUUGGCUCAUGAGAUGAGAUACCCAGGCGGUGAUUGUACUUCAGAUAUUUGGAUUUAAAUCAUAUGAAGAAAAAAAACAGUUUCAGUUAUGAAGACAAAACAAUCAAUGUAAUCUUGUUGACUGUUGUGAAUAAAAAUAACACGUGUUCUUGGAAGAGAUAAUGUAAUAACAUCAUCACAUGUAUCUUGGACUCUCAAUGUUCUAAAACUUGGCUGUUGUUGCUCAUUGUUGAUA